AUGUCUCAAGUCAUCGUCGUCACUGGUGCUUCCAGCGGUUUCGGCAAUAUGUCCGCCAAAGCCCUCGCUAAAGCCGGUCAUAUAGUAUACGCUGGCAUGCGUGAUCCCUUCCCCAGCAACGCCUCCGUCCAAGGCAUCGAAUCCUUUGUCGAAAAGGAAAAGGUCGACAUGCGCCCUGUGGCCUUGAACGUCAUUAGUGAAGAGUCCCUUACGAAUGGCAUCGACAAAGUCUUGAAAGAAGCGGGCAAAAUCGACGUUUUGAUCCAUAAUGCCGGCCACAUGAGCUUUGGACCUAGCGAGGCUUUUACCCCGGAGCAGCUAAUGUCCGAAUACGAUGUCAACUGCGUCGGGACCCACCGUCUCAAUCGCGUUGUGCUUCCUCACAUGCGCAAAGCGGGCAAAGGCUUGCUCGUCUGGGUCGGCUCAAGCAGCGCCCGAGGCGGUGUCCCGCCCUAUCUUGGCCCCUAUUUCGCAGCCAAGGCCGGCAUGGAUUCGCUUGCUGUCUGCUAUGCAGGCGAGCUGACUCUCUGGGGCAUCGAAACCUCCAUCAUCGUGCCAGGAGCUUACAGGAAGGGGACCAGCCAUUUCGCCCACGCUGCAACGCCCGAUGACAAGGCGGUCAAUGCUGAGUACGAGGAAGGAGCGUACAAGGGUUAUCACCAGCGCAUCUUGGAUGGACCCAUCCUUGUCGAGCCGAAGGAUUCGACCCGGAGGAUGUUGCGAAGGCGAUUGUUGAUGCGCCAUUUGGUCAAUCCGGUGGCUGAUUUUGUGAGGGAGCAGACAACCAAGGAUAUGGACUUGAAGGAUUUACUUGCUGUCAAAGGAGCAUAA